CUCGCCUUAGAAACCUGACGUCACACAAACAGAACGGGCUCAUAAACAGUGGUGUUUCCGUGGCUAUGAACGAAUGUGUGCCAAAACGUUAAAAUCUGCCGGUUUGCGAUUUUUGUGGAUGACUUUAUAAAAUUAGUCUUCAAGAAAAGUAGUUAUGGCGGACGAAGAAAAGCCCCUGGAAGAGGAGCCUACAGAACAAGAAGCUACGGUCCCUGGCGAAGAAAUCGUCGAGGAGUCUGCUGAAACACCUGCAAACGCUGGAGUAAGUAAGGAUGAACAAGCUGAGGCACAACAGACAGAAAUUACAGAAGAGGAAAAACCAGCUGAGCCAGAAAAUAAUGACAGCGAUGCUAAAAGGGAAACAGAUGGAGAAAAAGAAAAUAUAGAGGAACAGACUGAAGAAAAAGAGAAUGUAGAAGAGCAGAAAAAUGAAACAGAGAAAAUGGAAGAGCAGAAAGAUGAAGCAGAGAUAACAGGAGAGGAGAAAGAAGAAACUAAAGCUGAGGAAACAACUGAUGAAGCUAAAGAGGAUAAUGCUGAAAAAGUCGGUGAAGAUGAGACAGAAGAGGCAGCUGGAAAAGAUGAUGGUGGUGACGAUGCUAAGAAAGAAGAAAAUGAAAAAGAUGAAGGAGAGAAAAAGGAAGAAAGUGGGGAAGCAACAACUGAGAAGCCUGUGGAAGAAAAAAAUGAACAAGAUACUGAGUCACAGAAGCCUGAAACAGCUGACGAAGGUGAGGAAGACAAAGAAGCAGGUAAAGAUGGUGUGAUUGAAACAAAAGAAGGGGGAACUGCUGAAAAUGAGGUACAGCCUGCUGGUGAGAAGGAAGAAAAAGAUGCACCCAAAGAACCAAAGGACGAUGCUGGUGACAAACAAGCUGAAGAGUCUGUGCCUCCAAUGGAAGUGGUUGUUGAACCAAAGGAAAGUAGCAAUUUAGAGAAAUUACCUGAAAAUGAAAAGCCAACAACUGAAAAUGUGGCUGCUGAAACUGAAGAAACUAACGAGAAACAUGAAACUGACCCCCAUGCAGCUUCGCCACCACCAAAAGAACUUGUUGAUGCUACAGCUACAGUCAAAUUUGUUCUGAUGCCUAGUGGACAAGUUACAACCCUUGCCUGUGGUCUUGGACAACGUGUUGAACAGUUGAAAGAACACUUCUCUGUUGAGUUAAAAAUGCCAGUUGAUGUAUUGGUAUUGAUGUAUGAUGGUAAAUCUAUGGGUAAUGAUACCACACUAGGUGAACUAGGAGUUGGCCCAAAUGCCACUGUGCAGUUAGAAAUCACAUCAGCAGAUCCACUCAAUACCCCACUAAAACCAUUGAGGCCAAAACCUGAGUAUGUCAUGCCAGAUGUUAUCACUGUCAGAGUCCAAAAAGAUGAUGGUAGCGUAGAAGACGUUGUAGUUGAGAUAGAACGGGCUAGAAGACGAAAACCCUACCUUGGUGGCUAUAGACAUAGACUUACAGCUUUAGAGUACCACCAUGCAUCUGCACAAACAAGGCCUAAAAUACGACCUGAUAAUGGAAUAGAAAAAUUUUGCCGAGACACACAGACUGUGAAAGAAAGCCAACAGCGACAACAGACAAUGACAGAUACAUCAACACAGAUGACCGGUAUUGGAGUUUUUGUCACUAAUAUGUCUGAUAUCUUGGUGGUACCUGGGAAAUACACAACUGCUGAUGAACACCUUGCCAUGAUAGUUAAAAAAAUUAUACUUCUACAAUGCUACUUCAGGAGGUGGAAAGCCAAGCGAACUGUUGAAAUUAUGAGAAAGGAUCUUGCAGAGAGGCUGCAGUGGGAACGUGAAGAGGAAAUUCGCAAAAUUAAAGAAAAAGAAGAUAGAAUCAAGAAGGAAUUUGAGAGGAGGAUGAAUCCUAAGUCAAAAGAAGAUUUUGAUCUUUUAUAUCAUGCAUUAGAAAAAUGGCGUCAAGAAGAAUUGGAGGUAAUCAACUCAACGAUGACUGGUGCUCAAAGGAAAGCUGCCUUAUGUCACUUAUUAGAUCAAGAAACUCAACUAAUUGCUGCUAUUGGUCGACAUAAAAUCCAGGCAGAUACAGAAAAUAAACAGAAGAGAAUAGAGCGAUUCUUAGACAAAUGUGCGUCACCAAAGAAGUGGAAAGCCUAUGAUGGCAAGACGACUGAGAUGGACACAGCAUUCACGAUCAGAGCCAGAGAGCUGAAAGAUAUUCAUAGUAGUAUUAAUAUGAAAUAUUUAACUCAGGAUGAACGGCUAGAUGUUUUAUUGACACUUAAACAUACAGUUAAGGAACAUGACUGUAAGCUAACACAAGAAAUUAUUGAGUUAAUUGAUAGAGAAGCAGAUUUGCUAAUGAGAGGUGUAAAAGAAUCCAAUUUGGAAGGGCUUCGUAAAAGAAUCUCUACCUUGUUUCUGCAAUACAUUAAAACUCCAACAUUCAAUGCUGAAGCUGCUAGAUUGCUCAAGGUGCCACAAGAUCCUGCCACCUUGCGUAAAAAUAUCUAUUUCUGUUCAAGCUGUAACCAAUACUUGCCGUCAACAGACUUCUCUUUGUCAUCGAAUGCCAGAGUUGUUGGUAAAUGUAGACAGUGUACUAAAUUAGAUAAUGAUGGUCGAACCCGCCAGGAUUAUUCUCAUUAUCGAUAUUUGCUCAAGAAUGUACGCAAGUCAGAAGAAAAUUUUGGAGACGACUCCAGGAUUGCUUUCCUCCUGCAGGAGGUUGAUUUGCGUUAUUUGGUUGAGAACAUCUGGGGCUCUCAGAGUGCUCUCAGUGCAUGGGAUGAUUUGUAUGAUCUUGUACUGGUCCGAUGGGACAGAGGCGAGGAAUGGUCGCCAUGGAAUUGUAUACUGUUAACUAAAGACGAAGCUGCUGCACAUGUCAAAUUGGAGGAAGUAGAAGAGUCUUAUGGACGUGUGUUUUGUCACAAAAUCCGCUCAAAACACACACUGGCGAGGAAUUACUUCUCACGUCUUCCUGGUAUGGCUGAACAUAUGAGGAAAAAAGCUGGGCAACCCAAAGCUGGGAAUUCUCUUGGCAGUCGAGCUGUAACAUUACAGUCAUUAAGAGCAUAAAUAAUGGCUUGUUGAUGUUAUUAUGACUACAUCAUGCAUGUUCAAGAAACCCAUAGUUGUGUCCUAAGCUAUAUAUUAAAUAAUUAUCAAGAAACCUACAAAUUUAGUUACUGUUACAUUUACAUGACUGGUACAGAGCUCAGCUAAUCGUGUACCGGUAAACAUGCUUUGAAUCAAUUAACAUAAUAAAUAAUUAUAAUGUAAAUAUUUGAACAAAUUUUUCAUUUUCUCAAUUUCAAACCUUGAACUGUGUACAUUGUGUAUUUGGAAGUUGCUGACAUUUUAUAUUGAAAUGAAUUAUUUU